AUGCUGGCCGCUGUUGUCCGCACAUUUAUCGCGUUGCAACCGUGUUUUUGUGGCUUGUCCAUCACGGCCUCCUCAUCGCCAGGUCAGGAGAGUUCACCGUGGUUUGUCGGGUGCUUCACCGCGAGCUCCAUCCAGCUUUUUGAAUCCAAAGGUGCCUGUGACCUUGACCCGGUAACCUGCUCUAAACGCUGCCUGGAUGAAGGGUACCAGUUUGCAGCAUUGUCUUCGGAAACUUGUUACUGUAGCAACCAGCUACAUGGUCUGGUGGUUAGUGGUUGUGUCAACACAUCUUUCAGUGAAAGGACCAUAGAUGUGCGAGGAGGAAGUGAAAGACAAAGGGCUUUUUACCUGCCCCUUGGAAAUGUGCAAGACGGAAAUGUGGCGCUCUACAGAACUGAAGGACCAUUUCUGUACAACAUUAGCAUGUCAGUCUCUCCAGACAAAGUGCAUGCUGGGAUGAGUUUUCUAGUGACUCUCUAUGGAAACCUUGCUGGACGCCCCACUCAGCCCACAGACUUCUGUGUCUCCAACUGGCUCUCCACCCUUUCUUCCACCCUUCACUUGUCCGUCUUGCAGCUCCCUUUAGGAAGCUUAGCAAUCUCUUUGCUCCACGGCCCCCUGGGAGUCCCUUCCUGCAUUCCCUUCACACAUUUGAGCCCUAACAGUGUGCCUGUUGAGGCGGUAUACCAGGGCAAGUCUGUCACACUGCAGGCGUAUAGCUGGAUGUUUGACACAGAAGGACUUCACACAGUGUCAGUGAAUGCCUCCAGUGCUCACGGAUGGACACAGGAGACAGUGGUCGUAAAUCCUGUCGCCUCCAACCUCAGACUGAAUGUGUCUGGUGGUCAGAUGACCUGUGGAGAAAAUAUUUCUGUGGGUGUGGAGCUGUUUACCACCAUGACACAUCAACUUGUCCUUAAAGUCGCUUUUGAAGCAGAAAACAAUGAGGAUAAGGAGGACCUCUGCAGAACAGAACCAUUAAACAGUGGCAACCUCUCAUGGAAACAAGGCAACAUCUGUUGGCAUGGUGGCAUCUCUGAUAGCCACCACCUUCACCUCCUUCAUGUCUUCAAUCCCUCUAGCUGCACGCUUCGCCUUGAUCUUUCCUGCCGUCUCCCUGCUGCUGCAGGAGAGUAUCGCCUUGAGGCCUCUAUUUACUCCUCCACUGAUCCUCCAUCAGUUCUGCUUUCCACUGUCCUUCCACAAACCUUGAAGGUGUAUGAGCCGAUCUGUAUUCUGAGGCCUUCUGACAAGUGGAGUGGUACAGUUGCAAUCGAGCUGCGAGCUGAGAAUAAAGUGUCUUGUCGAAGCAAAAGUGUGAGGAUAUGUGUCGAGGGGAAGAGGAAGCUGUCACCACAAGCUAAAAUUAAUCCAACAUGGCAACCAAGCAUCAGUCAAAGUUCUGCUUGCAGUAUGGCAGAUAAAGCUGUAAGGAUUUAUGCAGAAAAGCAAGCAUAUCCCACAAAUGCAGAUAUAAUCUUCCUGGCUGUGGCUGACAUACAGGAUCAUGUAGAGUUUCUCUGGGACUUUGGAGACUCUGUGUCAGUCAAAACAACUUCAAGGACCACCACCAAAAAAUAUCACAACCCUGGAAGUUACAAUGUGGUCGUAGUCGCAUCUUAUAGUCAGAUGUCCAUCACCUCUGAUGUGUUUCCACUGGUGGUCCAAAGAGCCGUGAAGCUCAACAGGCUGGUUCACAAGGCUUCAGUUUUAUUCAAUCAGAUGGUCAUGGUGAGUUGCCGGGUCAAUGUGGGGACCGACCUCAGCUUCCUGUGGAAGUUUGGAGAUGGGACAACCAGACAAGGAGAGAGCACGGUGCAGCAUGUCUUCCACAGAAUAGGAGAGUUCAGAGUUGAAGUGAAUGUAUCUAAUGUGGUUAGUUGGGCUUCUCUGAGUAGCUACAUCUUCGUUGUGGACCAGCCUUGUCAACCUCCACCAGUGAAAAAUAUGGGGCCACUCAAAAUACAGGUACGGAGGCAUGAGGUUGUCCGUUUGGGAGUAACAUUAGAGACAGAGGUUGACUGUGACACACCAGUGGGCCUUAACUACACCUGGACCUUAUUUGACUCUGCAGGCCAGACCUUCCCAUUACCUUCCACAGACACACACAAACAGAGUCUCAUACUGCAGAGCCAUCUCCUCCAGUAUGACACCUACACAGCCAUAGCAAGAGUUCAGGUCAUCAAUAGUGUGGUGUACAGUAACUACACUGUGAGGGUUCAAGUGAUCCCAAGCCCUCCUGUAGCUUCAAUCCAGGGUGGGACCAACAUCUUCAUUGACAAGAAGAGUAACAAAUUAGUAACCCUGAAUGGACAGACAUCUUUUGAUCCUGACUUCCCCUUGAGCCCCCUCAGCUACAGUUGGACAUGUAAGCCAGUAAGCCUCAUCCCUAGCUCCUGUUUCAACCAAAGCAUUUCCACUUCAUCUCCUGUGCUCAAAUUUCCUGCUAGUCUUUUGCAAGACAACUUUGACCAGUUCAAGUUCACACUCACUGUUCAGAACGGAGAACGUUCAGCCUCAUUAGAAACCUUCCUCACUGUAACAUCAGACCUGAUUCGGACGGUGUCUAUUACCUGUCCUCAGUGCCGGGGAGACCAUGUGAACUGGGAUCAGUCUUUCUCUGUCAGUGCAAUGUGUGAUGACUGUAACACUCCUGAGGAAUUCAUCCAGUACACCUGGAGUUUGUACCUGGUCAAUGCUUCCUCCAAACCUUUCAUUGAUGUCCCAUUCUGUCACACAGUAGACCUCCUUACUCCAUCGACCAUUGUAGAGAAUCCUGCUGCAUCCACUCUGACUCUUGGGAUUUCUAACCUUCUGGAUGAUGCUUUUGAUUAUGAUCUGGCUGACAGAACAUCAUCAAACAAGGGCAGAGGCAGGCUGAACGUCACCGAGGAAGGAGACCCAGGGAUGUCAGCAGGAAGACUCACAGGUGCGGAGAGAUUCAGUCCAGAAGAUGACUCCACGUUUGAUCCAGCAUUACACAAAGUUGAGGGGAGUAAUCUGGUGAAUCCCAGACCAUUGGUGGUGCUCCACAAGCCAAGUUUGCUCGACUUACACCGAGACUCAAUACACAGAGAGCUCUUUGAGUCCUACACCUACGCAGGAAUCUCCUCCCCUUUGCUCAGAUUAAGGCCCUUCAAUCUGAGGCCAAGGAGCAUUUAUAUGUUUGAGGUCACUGCCAAGUCCAAGGACAUUUUUCUCGGCCGAAAUCAGCUGUUCUUAAAAACCAGCCCUGUUCCAAAGGGCAUGAUAUGCCAGGUGCAGCCUGUGAAAGGGAUGGAGUUAUACACACACUUCAGCAUCUUUUGCACUUCAGGGAGAGAGGACUUGCUGUAUGAAUACAGCUUCAGUAUAGGAGGCAGAGCUCCCAGGAUACUUUACCAAGGGAGAGAUUUCCAACACUACUUCAGCCUUCCUUCAGGGGACCCCAGUGAUGACUAUAAAGUAACUAUUUACACUGAGAUCAGAAGCAGCACAUAUGGAUCAGCCACCAAACCGUGUCCUGUCACCGUUCAAGUCAAACCAAGUUUUCUGAGAAACACCUCGUCUUCUUCCCGUUAUGAUCCUGAUCUGAAGCUGUCAGAGUUAGGUCUGAGGAAUCUGUCAGCUCUUGUGCAGCUUGGGAACAGUGUGGAGAUUCGUAACUACAUCAGUCUCCUCUCCAGCAUACUGAACAGACUCAGUCUGGAUGCUGAAGCUAACACACACGCACAGAUGCACAUGCGCAAUGUGCUCAUCUGCUGUGUUUGUGAGCUCAAAAUCAGCGAACAGGUAUCAGCGGUGGACAGCAUUUUCAUUCUAAAUGACCUACUAAAAUUUACAAGUCAGGUGACAUUAAUGAGUGCCAGAAAGAUUACAUCUUAUGUUCAGGCUGUUUCAAAACAGUUUCCUAGGUCCAGUGCUUCUGACAGCUACCAUGGUAACCAAAAGAUGCUCAACUCUCUAGUUAACCUACUUUCAUAUGAUCUUAAGGUAGUCACCAGCUGUGAUUACACAUUUAAAACUCCCAAAAGUGCUGAUGAUUCACAAGCAUUUGAGUCAGGUUUACCCACUGAUAAAAACAUAAAAGAUUUUGAGGAAAAUCCUAGUCGCUGUCUACUGGACCCAUCCAUUGAUCCUCAAGUCAAUCAGGGAGGAUCAGUUUUAAUAGAGGAGGGGAUGCAGCUUGUGGACGAUAUUCUGCGGACAGCUUCAGAUGUCUUGCUGAGGUACAUUUUCUUCUAUGAAACCAAGGAGCUCAGAGUUAACUCUGACUACAUCACUUUGAAUGCAGCUUUCCAACAAAAGAGCUCCACAUACAUCCACAGCGGCUCAACCAGUUUCUACAUGCCAGCUUCACUGAUCAGGCUUCUGUUUGUCCGCCACAGUGGACGGGCUCAGCCAAGAGCGCACCAACCAUGUGUCCUCAGAGUGCUGACUGAGCUCACCCACAGCCCUUACACCUGGGCCAAAUAUCCUGCACAGACAAGUGGCCCAGUGGUUGACUUGAGUCUGUACAAAUGCAGCACCAGAAGAAAGAUCCAUAUUCACUCCCUUUCUCAACCAAUCAGCAUUGAGCUGCAGCAGCCACAAAAAAAUAUGAGUUCUUUGUCUAAGUACAUCCUCCUGCGCAGCAAGGUCAAUUACCACAACUUUAGCAUUACCCAGGAGCACUUGCAGCAGGCCAUCCAAGUGACAGUGGUGCUCAAUUCACCGCCCAACAAGGCAUUUCCCAUCAUGCUUCUCUUCAGGAUGUUUGAGAGGCCAGUUCCCAGCACGCAUCACCUGCACAAGAUUCACCGAUGGGAGAACAACACCACACGCAUAACUCUGCUCCCAUCCUACUUUAAUGCUGCAGGAGUUGGUCACUUGGCCUUGCUAGAUGCUGAUUUUGAGAACGUACCCAGAAGAAAGCACCAGAGUGAACAAAUAAGCUACAGUCUCACAGUGGACAGCAGUCAGUGUUUGUCCUGGGAUGGCCAGCAGGGGGCCUGGACACACCAUGGCUGCAGGACACAGCAAGUGGACACCACCUCUCUAGUCAACUGCAGUUGUUACCAGUUGAGGCCACUGACUGUGUUUUGGCAGCAGAUCCAGAGCAGCCAUGACACAACUGAUCUGGAUCCAUUCCUAAGUGUUCCCAGUGAUCUGACAGUGCUGGGUGUACUGAUACUGUGCCUGUGCCUCUACAUGCCAGGCCUGGCAUGGUGUAGGAGAGCUGAUGCCAUCUCAGAGGCAAAUCAAAGAGUUCACUACCUUUCUGACAACUCUCCAACAGACCAAUAUCUCUAUGCUGUUACUGUCCAUACUGGUCUCUGCUCUGCAGCCUGUAUGAGUGCAAAGGUUUACAUAAUGCUGUAUGGUGAAGAUGGGAGCUCACAGACAAGAGAACUACAAGUCCAAGGAUCCUCUCUGUUCAGGAGGAACUCUCAAGAUACCUUUAUACUGAGUGCAGCAGACAGCCUGGGCCCUCUGUGGGGGGUUCACAUCUGGCAUGACAACUCUGGUCCUUCUCCUGACUGGUACCUCAAACUUGUGGAAGUAUCUGAGGUGAACAAGGGGCAUGUGAAGCUUCGCUCUUGGAUGUUUGUCAGUCAGUGCUGGCUGGCUGUGAACAAAGGAGAUGGCCGAGUGGAAAGGAUGCUGCUUGUUGGCACUCAUGGAAUAAGCUUUUCUAAGAUUUUGUUUCUCAAAUUAUUUGACUACUUGGCCGAUUUGCACAUCUGGAUGUCUGUGUACAGCUGCCCCGUCCCUAAUUCCUUCACACAUACUCAAAGACUUGGUGUAUGUGCAUUACUGCUGCUGGGGUAUGCAUGUGCCAACGCAGUCAUCAUAUCGCAAACAGAUGACCAAUUGCCCUUCAAGAUUGGCAUUGUCGAUUUGUCAGCUGCUUCUAUAACAUCAGGACUUAUAAGUGUAGCUGCUGUGUUACCUGCAGCAACACUGAUUUCUUUCUUGUUUCGACUCCGUGGGAUCAAACUAGCAGGCUCAGGAGUCCGACAUGCAAAUGGCAGAAUGACUGAUGACUGUUUAGCAGAUACUUUUCCCAUGAAUGACAAUAAAGUGGAGCCCCAUCUCUCCAGGAGUGACCCUCAGCAGUGGCUACAAGAAACCUGGAGGAUGAAAUAUCAGGACAUAGAGCUUCUGUCAGUGUCCACUACAACACUAGAAAAUAAAGAUAGUGAUGAAGAAUUUAUAAUCCAGCCUGAUGUAGUCAUGAGGAAGGAGGAUGAUCUGGCAUUAAGGAGCAGUGUGGGGCCAGUGCUGCAAACUUUUUUGCAGAUUCCUGAAUGGAGCAAUUGCGAUUAUAUACGUCAGAGUAAUGAGUCUGAACUUUUAACCGAGGGCUGGAAAUUUAAUGGAAACCAGAGAGCUGCGAGGGAUGAAGGUCAAACCUUUCUACAGGAGAGAGGAUUCGGUCUUACAUCGCUGUGGUGUCACCAUGUGGUCUGGGUGCUUUGUGUGCUGUUGUCUCUGUGCUGCCUACUGUUCUCUGCAGUGCUGGGAUUGAGAUUCAGCAGCAGCAAGAUUCUGCUUUGGAUACAUGCUCUUUUUGUCUCUCUUAUGUCUUGCAUCUUCUUCAUCCAACCAGCUGUGAUUCUUGCAGUGGCGGUGACUGUUUCAUGUUGGUACAAGAACAAAACUGACAUUCAGAUAUUUUCUUCAAAACUGUGGAGCCAAGAUUCUGCUGAUCAGCCAAAGGAGCAGGUUGAGCCAACUGCUAUCCCCCAGAAAACCUCAUCUUACACUGAAGAGCUGCUGAGAGCUCGUCAGCGAUCUCGGUACUUGCGUUUCGUGCGCCCGCCCACUCCAGCAAGACUGAGGAAAAGUCGAGAGAAAAAAAGGAGAGAAUCUCUUAUCUGCAAAACACUCAGAGAUUUGAGUCUCUUUGGCUCCAUGCUUCUUCUGAUGAUGUGUAUAAGUUAUGACAGCUCAUUCAAAGAGCAUUAUCAUCUCAACAGAGCUGUCACAAGACACUUUAUCAGGAAUCAUAAUAAUGUUUUUAUGUCCAUAAAAAAUCAUGAGGACUGGUGGAAUUGGACACAGACAAGUCUGCUUCAUUUGUUGUACCAGAAUACAUCGGCAAAAACUACGUUGCAUAUUGUUAUUGGAGAUCCAAUCGUGCAGAAGACAGAGACACUCAAACCAUUUCAGAGCCAGGUUCCUAUGGUGACACCUCCAAGGACAUACGAUCACAGCGGUUUCUAUUCAGAAGCAGUUACAUCAGUUGGCUUGGGCCGCACAAAAUCUGAUGCUGCUUCGCAACUGACGCACCUGCGUUUAAGUGGUUGGUUGGGCAGACAGACGGUGGCCCUGAGAGUUCAGUUCACCUUGUACAGCCCUGCACCAAACCUGUUCACCAGCGUGACCCUGCUUACUGAGCAGAGCCCCAGCGGUGUGUUACUGCCCUCUGCCAAAGUCCAGUCAGUGAGGGUGUAUCAUUCUCCUGCUGGGUGGGAUUAUGUUGUUCUGCUAUGCAAGCUUCUCUUCUUCCUCGUGUCUCUGCUACUACUUUGCAAUCAAAUGUCCACUAUUGCACAGCAAGGGCUGAUGGGAUCCUGGAAGACACCCUGCACCUGGGUGGAAGUCAGUCUUCUGAUAACGACACUAGUUUAUUAUGUCUGUUCCAUCAAUCACUCCAACCUGAUCGUGGAAGUUGUGGAGCUGCUGCAGAGACACAACAGAAGACAUGUUGAUGUUAGCUUUCUGGCAACCUCGGAACAAUUAAUUCGUACACUGCAAGGUGUGAUCCUCUUUCUUUUGACCAUAAGGAGUUUGACUGUGCUCAGGGUGAACAGGACAGUAGCUACCUCUGCUGCUGCCUUUGCACACUCUCUCACUAGUGUCUUAUGGCCAAUGAUUGCAGGUCUAAUCCUCCUGGUGUUACUAUUCUGCUUAUUGUACGGACAAAGCUCCUGGACCUUCAGUUCGAUUCCACGCUCCCUUCAGAUGCUGCUAUGUCGCCACAUGGGACUCCAAAGUGCCAGGGGCCUCCUUCACUCAGGGCCUGAUUUCUCUUACUGGGCAGUUCUCUAUCUGUCCUCCAUUGUACUGUGGACAGCAAUGGUGAUUGGUGUGAUGUCCUCAUUAGUCAAAAUGACCAAAAGGUCUCAGAGCAGGAGGAAUGUCCUAACCAUAGCAGAUUUGUUGUGCUACAUCAGACAAAGGAUCUUUGAGUUCACCGGGCAGCAGAGACAAACAGGAACUGACAACCAUGAUGAAGGAAGGACAUAUUUUCUUGAGGAGUUUGAAAGCUUAGUAGAUGAACUGUUGUUUAGACUCAACGCCCUCUCCAACAGCCUGCACCGUACUCUGCCCCCCAAAGCCCACUACUACAGAGAGAAGGACAGUCCUGCCAUCCCGUCCACACCAGAGUCAACCAACAUGGAUACACAGGACUUCAUGAGAUCACAGACAGUGAAUAAACCCACACGUGUAUCAGAUAAAGGACAGACUUCAGCUGGAUCUUGCCUGUUUGGGUUCCAGUUUGAACAUGACAACCAAAAGGCCCUGCACCAGAGAGGCCAAAUGGUACAUAACUGGCAAAGUAUUUGUGAGGCAGCUGAUGAUAUAUUAAAGAUAAAAGACUGCCUGACCCGCCCAAAAUCGAGAUUGAUCAAAAGGCUUUGGACAGAAGAUGUUCAUGGACAGAAGGCUGAGCUGUGUACUAAAGCAAAUGGGACCUGCAAGUUGAGUAAAGCUCAUGCUGAAAUGGUAGUGGAGGUUCUGGUCCAUAAGGAGCCUGGAAGAGGAGAAUCAGAUAUGUUCUAGGUCCUUAAACAUUUAAUUGAUUUGCAGUUUUCAAAUGGGUGUAUGUAUAUCCACACAUACCCAGAGUGGCAUGCAUUUGUUUUUCCAAGCUUUGUUUGUUAGUAACCAAAACAUAAAUAAAAUGUUUUCUACUGUUUAUUUUAAUGGAAUAUUAUAUGAAGGGUUCUAAUGUGUUAGGCUGGGUAUAAGAAAUAGCUUUUAUAAUUUUUUUUAUCAUUAUAUGGAUUUGCUCUUAAAUUUUGUAACAUUGACUCAUUUAGCUUCAACAAGUAAUAUAAAUGAAGCUGAAUAAAAAAAAUGCUUUACAACUA